AUGACCGAAGUGUCAUCCACUCGCCUGUACCUGGGCAACCUGCCGCGCAAUGCGACCAAGGCUGAUGUUGAGGCCCACUUCGCGUCCCAUGGCACUGGCGACAUCACCGAAAUCAAGCUUAUGAACGGUUUCGGUUUCAUCGAGUACAAAGAUGCCAUGGACGCCCGCGAUGUUGUCCCAGCUUUCCAUGGAUCCACCUUCAUGGGCGAGCGCCUGACUGUCCAAUUCGCCCGAGGUUCGCGCCACCGUGAGAAUGGCGGCCCCGGCGGCCCCGGCGGGUUUGCCAAUGAGCGCGCGCCCCCUCGUCCCCGUCGCACUCCUCACAGGAUGCAAAUUAGUGGUCUUCCCACCGAUACCAGUUGGCAGGACCUGAAAGAUUUCGCCCGUCAAUCUGGCUGUGAUGUCGUCUACUCGGAGACCGGUCGCAACUCCAACGGCGAAGGCUUUGUGGAGUUUGAGACUGCCGCCGAUCUCAAAAAGGCCGUCGAGGCUCUUGAUGCUCGCGAGUUUAAGGACCAGCGCGUAACCUGUGUCGCGAAUACCCAGCCUGAUUUCCCACCACGAGACGGCCGCGGUCGAUCCCGCUCACCAGGUCCCCGCCGUCCAUACCCUCCACGGGAUGAGUUCAUGGAUCGCCGUGGCCCACCAGGCGGCUGGAGCCCACGCCGCGACUACCGCGACAGAAGCCCUCCUCGUCGCGACUACUACGAUGACCGUGCUGCCAGAUACCGCAUGGAUGACUACCCGCCGCCUCGCCGCGGCCCCAUGGAUGACUACCCACCUCCUCGUCGCGGUCGCAUGGAUGAUUAUCCUCCUCCCCGUCGCGGUCCCGUCGACGACUACCCUCCUCCUCCGCGAGACUUCCCUCCUCGCGAAGCCGGGUACCCCAGGGAAGGUGGAUACUACCCUCCACGCGAUUACGACCGCCGUUACUGGUAA